UCUUGCUAAAAUAUGUCUAUUUAUUCUGGCUUUGCUACUCGUUAAAUUGAAUAAACUUAUAACAUUAUGGUUGAGCAAUUAUUUAAAAUCCUGUAGAAAAGACUCCUCAAAUUUUAUAGAUAAGAAACUGUAAAUGAAAAUGCUUUUGCUGAUUGCAUUAAAAAAUUGCUCACUUAGAUGUCAUUUUUUGAAAGAUAAAAACAUUUACCUCCUAAAUUCUCUGAUAAUUGCAAAGAGUUAGCUGCAUUUUUAAAACUAUCAAUACCAUCAAAUGUAUCUCUUUUUGCAACUAAAAAAAAUAAAGAAUUAAACUAGUAACAAGUUAACAAUAAACAAGAAGAUUAGCAUAAUAAUUAAUAAUAAAAUAUUGUCAAGUAAAACAUAGAAAUGCCUAAUGUAAAUUAUGGAGAACCUCUUAAAUCAGAAAUAAAUAUUUCUAAAAAUGACUACUAGCACUCUCUUUUUUCUACAAAUACAUUUUAAGCGAUUAAUAAUGAGUAGAAAUAAUAAAUAUAAAAUAACUAAAAUUCUAAUAAAUUUAGAGAUGGUAAAUAAAAUUUCAUUACUUUAGAGGCUGCGUAUAAUAAUUCAUCGUCUUCUAUGUCUCCUAAUACUUCUAUACAUUCCUCAUUAGCUUCUUUGGGUAAAAAUAAUAUUAACAAUUAAAAGAUAAUAGCUUAGUAAUAAGAGUAAAAAGUAUAAGAUUAAUAAAAAAAUAUUAUUAAGGAGUACAACCCUCAAAAAAAUGAUACUCAAGCUAAUUUAGUUAGGUAAAUAGUUGAAGGAUAAAAAAAAGUAAUACAGACCAUAGACUAAAAAAAGUCAACGGAAUUAAAAAAAAUUAACACAGAAGAAAGACCAUAAAUAUAGGGAAAUAUAAAAAAUAGAAUUGAACAAAAAAUACUGUAAGAAAAUAUAUCAAAUGAAGCAACUUAAAUCAAUGAAAACUCACUAAAAUAAUUUAGGGUUAUCAAAAAAUUCCCUAUUUAGAAUCAUAUCGAGAAAAAUUAAUAGUAGUAAGAGUAACAGUAAAAUAACUAGAUAUUGAGUUAAAAAGUUAAUACUCUUGAAAGCAAUGGUUAAAUCUAUUAAACAUUAGGAGAUGAGACUUAAAUAGUACCUCUGAUGAAUAAGAAAAAAAAUAAGAGGUCUCAUACAACUAAGAGAUAAAGAAAGAGAAAUUAAAUUCUAAAUAAUAUUUAUAUGAAUGGAGAAGAUUUUAGUACUGUACAAGUAGGGUCUUCUACUACUACAGCUGUUAAUUUAAAUAAUUAUUAAAAACGCUCUAGGUCUUCAUACAGAUCAUAAGAACAAUAUAAUUCAAAGAGGGGAUGGCUUAAAUUACAAUAAGAAAACUAUUUAGUGAGGUCUGAUUCAGAAGAAAAUAGACUUUAAGAAAGUGAAAAAGUUAGUAGCAACAAUUUAGAUAAAUAAAUAAAAAUGAGUAAAUUUAAUAAUAACUACUGUGAAUCAAAUACAAACAUUAAUUCUACAAAUGGUAGUUAUAAUCCUUCUAUGAACGUAUCCAGGCAGAAUCUUACUAUUAAAUCUAAUAAUAUUUAAAACCAGAUCAACCAAGACAAUAGCUAAUAACUUAAUUAGAGAGAUUAAUUAGAAAUAAAUUGUGAUUAGACUAUGUAUUCUGUAAAACACUAAAUCAGUGAAUCUGCCAAUAAAUUUGGAAAUAUCCUUUAAAAUAAAAAUAAUCCAAACCAAUCUAUGAUGGUGGAGUCUUUUAAUUCUAGGAUAUCUAGAUAAAAACUUGACACUAAUUUAACAAUCAACGAUACUGAUGAAGAGCCUUUGCAAAGUAAGAUUAACCAAAAUAAAAAUCAAUAAAAUAAAAAAUAAGAUAAUAAUUCUAGCAUUGAAUUAAAAAGCUUAUUUUAUCCAUUCAAUGAUCCAAUAUCAACAAAAAAUAGAACACCUUAAAAGCAAAGAGUAUUAUAAAAUAGCUCAUUAAAUAAUAGCCUUUAAAGCACAUAAACUGCAUUGAAGCAAAAUACAUAAUAGAAUGGAGGAUCUUAUCAGUUUAAUUAAAUGUAUAAAAAUGAAACGAAAGCUCAGAAUGGUUCGAAUAUUUAUUAACAUCUCAAAUAAAAGUAGAACAUUAUCUAGAAUUCAAGUAAAAAAAGAUUAUAUAGCGAAGACAGCUCUAAAGUAUUUAAAUUCUCAAAUAAUUAGCUCGAUUAAUCCACUUCUGACGAAUAAUUUAAAAAUAAUUCUUCAUUUAAUGCUUCAAAUAUUUCUAAAAAAGAAAGUAUUUCACCUUAAAAAAAGAAAAACUUUAAUAAUUCUAACAUAAUAAAUAGCAAUUAAAUGAAUAAUAACUCAAAUAAUACUGUUAAAUAAAAUAUUGUAAACAAUAAAAUUUCCUCUAAUAUAAUAAAACAAAACAUAUUAUGCAAUAAUUCAACUCAUAAAGAGUAAAAUGAAUAAAUUUGA